AUGAUUUUCUUCCUAUUAGGUGAUGAUUGUAUUGCGAUUAAUACUGGUUCGUCCGAUAUCAACAUAACCAGUGUGGACUGUGGUCCAGGCCAUGGCAUAAGUAUAGGGAGUUUGGGGGAAGGAGGUGCCACUGAAACGGUAGAAAACGUACAUGUACAACAUUGCACCUUCACUGGCGCUGAGAAUGCCGCAAGAAUCAAGACUUGGCCGGGAAGUGCUGUGAAAGUGAGCGAUGUAACUUUUAGAUACUUCAGAGGGACAUGUGCGCAACCCAUUGCAAUAAAUCUAGAUUGUGAUAAAAUAGGUUGUGGUAACAUCGUGUUGGAACACAUCAACAUCACUUCUUCAUCUCCACAAACAAGUCCCAGCGCAAUUUGCCGUUUCGCAGAUGUGACUAGCAGCUUUGUCAACAUUGAUAUGAAGUGUGUUAAUCAUGCAGAUCUUCAAGGUCCAUCACCGAGUCCGGAACUUCCAUCACAGUAUGAUCAACCUCAUGCACAGCUUCCUCAAACUUCUGCUCCGCAUGCUCAAGCUCGACCGUUCUUAUCUUUUCUAUAA